AUGCUUUUCAACAGUGCAAAUUUUUGCAUUAUUUUUUUUCUUCAUUUACAUAUCAUUGCGUUAUCGACAAAAACUGAAAUAAAAUUCAAUGUAAAUGUUCCAUCAUUAUUUCGAUGUAAGCCGAAUGGACGUGUCUUUUAUUUUCAUGAUUUUCCUACAAAUCAAAUAUUUAAUCAGACUAUAAGAAAUUAUAUUAGCGACUGUGAUUUAUCGUUAACAACACCAGAAAAACGCGUUACAUUUGAUCUUGACCAAUUAAUUUCACGAUGUACUCAUCCUUGGUAUUCGAAAGAAGAUCGUAUUAAUGAAAUAUUAGUUUUCAAAACGAAUUGCUCAGUGAAUGAUCACUGCAUACGAUUAACACCAUCAGUUGCAACAAUAAUUAAAAAUCAUAGAACAAAAUCAAAUCAACCAACGUUACUCGAUUUUGAUUUAAGGGGAAUCGGAACAGAAAAAAUUCAAAUAGGUGAAGAUGAUCAAUAUCCGUUUUCUUACCACGAUGAUGGUUAUGCAAAAAGAGGUUUUAAAAAAAGUCAAAUUGUAUUUAAAAUUCAACAAGAUACGUAUCUUAAUAUGAUGUGCGAAAGUGGAAAAAUGACUUCGUCAGGAGCAGGUUGGUCAUGGUUAUGUUAUUAUUAUCCAUCGAAUACAGAAGAUCCUAUGGAUUUUACAAUUAUUAGUAAAGCUAUUAGCGAUUCGGAAAAAGCAAGUUCUCCAGAAUCUCGACUUUCGCCAGAACUUGACCAGAUGAAUCCAAUGGAUUCCUUUGAUAAUUCUUCCAUACCAUUGAAUCCAAAGAAUAAUAAUUCAUUUGUUCGCGUAUUUAUUCUUCUAUUGAUAUUCAUUGUUAUUGUUGGAUCAUUUUGUUUGUGUAAAAAGCAAAAUCAAGUUGUUUUAAAAGAAGAAUCUGAUGAUUUUGAUCGUCGAAGAUCGUCUGUAGACUCACAAAAUUCUAUUAAAUCAAAUUAG